AUGAAAUUUGCUUCAUUUCCAUCAAGUAUAGCUACAGUAAGAUGGCUAAAAGACAGUGCUGCAC